GUAGCGUGAUGACAUUACCGGUGCUUUUUACGACUUUAUUCAGUUAAUGUUGACGUUAAAAUAGUUUAUUAUAUUCUAUUAUACUCCGAUACAAGUUAGCGGUUGUUUUUAUUUCAACGGUUGUGGACAUUUCUGGCAAGAAGCAGCGUUGACUCUUCGCUGAGCUGCCAUGGAGGGUUUGGAGGAGAAGCUCAAAGGUCUGUCCGUCGCUCAGCGGUGUCGCCCAGAGGAGCCCACCUACCUGCUGGACGUCGCCCUGCAGCCAGCCGGCCUGCUGGCCUUGUCCUGCUCCAAUUUCACCAUCCACCUCCACAACAAGGACACCCUGAACCUGGUGGGGGAGUAUCGGGGCCACAGCGGGCCUCUUUGUGGGGUUGUCUUCUCCCACGCCUCCCCUGACCUCCUCUACUCUGGUUCCGCUGACGGGACGGUCCGGGGGUGGGACGUCCGUCGUCCCGGUACACAGGCAGCCCAGGUGUUUAAAAGCGACCCGUCGCACAGCUACUGUAGCUUCGACCUGAGCUGCGGUGACACGCUGCUGUGCGGCGGCACCGAGCAGGUCAACAAAGAAGACAGCUUCCUGGUUUUCUGGGACGUCAGGAAACCCGGCGGCGGGCUCCUCGGGGUGUACUCCGAGUCGCACAGCGAUGACAUCACACAGGUGCGCUUCCACCCUCGGGAGAACGACCGCCUGGCGUCCGGCUCCACGGACGGCCUGGUGAAUGUCUUUGACCUGAGCCGGGGGGCGGAGGAGGAGGCGCUGCUGCUCACCUGCAACAGCGACUCGUCCGCCGGUUCGGUCUGCUGGUCCGGAGCCGACUACACCCAGCUGCUGUGCCUGAGCCACGAUGAGGGGCUGCACCUGUGGGAUCUGGGCAAGCUGGACACGGACGAGCCGCUCACCGUCUUCAGCACCUCGGACGCUCGCGGCCUGCCGCUGAUGGCCGACGGCGGGGCCGUGGAUUACCUGGUGGGGGGCCGGUGGCUGGAGGAGGCCCAGAAGCUGCUGGUGGUCGGCGGGAUGAACGGCGGGGAUCUCCACCUGAUGGAGUGCGACGGCGGGGGGCUUCGUCUGCUGAGGACGCUCGAGGGAGGCCACGCUUCCACGGUGCGCUGCUUCCUGUGGGACGCGGCGGGGGAGGCUCUCGUCACAGGGGGGGAGGACGCUCAGCUGCUGCUGUGGAAACCAGGAGGGGGGGAGCUCAGGACGGGGAAAAGGGAGUCCAUGAAGAGCAAGACCACUUUGAGACUCAAAUCCAGACCGCAUAAAAAACACAGCUACCGGAGAGAAAAGAAGGAAACUCAAAAUACUGAAUCGCACUAACUGAUGGCUGCUCACUUUCUGUUUCUGAGAGAAAACAUUCACACUUCUGUUUUACACGUAAACAAAUAUUGUGUUCUUACAGUAACUAAAGGUUUGGUCACGUUACAUUUCCCUCCUCAUUCGUUACCACAGACUGUUUAUAAGAAGUGGACGUAGUCAUCGUGACGUCACUCA